AUGAAUAUAUUCAGACUGAUAGGAGACAUUUUACACCUCGUAAGUAUGUAUAUACUUAUUAUGAAGUUGAAGAAGUCCAAAAAUUGUAUUGGAAUAUCAUGCCGCAUGCAGGAGUUGUAUUUGAUAGUCUUCUUGUGCAGAUACAUCGACCUCUUCUUCGUGUUCGUCAGCUUCUACAACACCGUCAUGAAAAUAACCUUCAUACUGACUAUAGCGUACACGAUAUAUCUAAUCAGAUUCAAGCUUCCCAUCUCGCAAACUUACAAUAGGAAAGUGGACAAUUUUAAAAGCGAGAAGUAUUUGAUCCCGCCCUGUAUAGUUCUAAGCCUUCUAACGUGCAAGACGUAUAACCUGUACAACAUCCUGUGGUCUUUUUCCAUAUGGCUUGAAAGUGUCGCAAUUCUUCCCCAACUAGUGUUGUUAGAAAAGCAGAGAGAAGUAGAAAAUAUCACCUCCCAUUACGUUAUCACCAUGGGGAUGUACAGAGCCUUUUAUAUAUUGAAUUGGAUCUAUAGAUAUUUCUUUGAUGAUAAACCAUACAUUAACGUCGUUGGUUGGUUAGGGGGGCUUAUUCAGACUCUUCUCUACAUUGACUUUUUCUACUACUUUGCGAUGGCGAAAUGGUAUGGGAAGAAGCUCGUGCUGCCCUUCAAUGGGGAAGUUUAA